GUUAGGGUGGAGUCCACCUAUCUUGUGUUCACUUCAUUGGUUUUCAACACAUUCCAUUUCAUCUUUUACGUUCCCGACUUCCCGUGAUUCUGACUUCAAUUAAACAUGGUUGGAUUCAGAGCUAGUGAUGUGCCUCCUACAGCCGCUGUGAAGUUUAUUGGUGCGGGAACCGCAGCCUGCAUUGCAGACCUUUUCACGUUUCCACUGGACACAGCAAAAGUUAGACUUCAGAUUCAAGGGGAGACCAAAGGUCCUGCGAACACAGGCCAUGGGCCAGUGCAAUAUCGUGGAGUGUUUGGCACGAUCAGCACCAUGGUGCGUGUUGAGGGGCCACGCAGUCUCUACAACGGGUUGGUUGCGGGACUGCAGCGUCAGAUGAGCUUUGCCUCUGUACGCAUUGGCCUCUAUGAUUCAGUCAAGCAGUUCUACACCAAAGGCUCAGAUCACAUCGGGAUUGGCAGUAGGUUGAUGGCCGGCUGUACGACUGGAGCCAUGGCAGUGGCUUUGGCCCAACCCACAGAUGUGGUGAAGGUACGGUUUCAGGCUCAGAUCAGCGCCGGGGCCAAUAAACGUUACCAUGGCACUAUGGCUGCAUAUCGGACCAUUGCAAAGGAAGAAGGGUUUCGUGGUUUGUGGAAAGGAACUGGCCCAAACAUCACCCGCAAUGCCAUUGUAAACUGCACUGAGCUGGUGACCUAUGAUCUCAUCAAAGAUGCACUUAUAAAAUCAUUGCUGAUGACUGAUGAUCUUCCUUGCCACUUCACAUCUGCGUUUGGAGCUGGUUUCUGCACCACAGUUAUUGCUUCUCCUGUUGAUGUUGUGAAGACAAGAUACAUGAACUCCGCCCAGGGCCAGUACAGCAGUGCCCUCAACUGUGCUGUAGCCAUGCUAGCUAAAGAGGGACCAAAGGCUUUUUACAAGGGAUUCAUGCCAUCGUUUCUGAGGCUGGGCUCCUGGAAUGUGGUUAUGUUUGUCACCUAUGAACAGCUGAAACGGGCCCUGAUGGCAGCUCGCCAUAACUGGGCCCCUCUUUAAGAGCAUAAUGCCGUUAGUUGAGCUUUGCUGAUGUGGUUCUAACUUUCUCUUGACUUUAGAUUUUCUGUGUGCAUUGUUUACAUGUCUAUUAAACUUGAUCUUUGGUUUUUACAUGGUUCAUCUGUCUUUCAGAAUAUGUGAAAUAAAAUUAGGCUAUUAAAAAAAACA